UGCACCCCGUCCUUUGCCAUUUAAAUUAUUUUACUUUAAUUAACAUUUGUUUUUCAGAUCCUUAAAUGAACGAAGAACAAGACAUAAACUAUCUAUAAGAUUGCGAAGAAGCAGAUAUUUUGAAAAUAUUGUAUGGCUUGUACCUUAACCUAAGAGAGCACACGAUAUCGCACAAUCCUAAACUUAAACUAAACCAGUAUCCUUGUUCUCUAAACGCCGCAAUCUUUAUUUUUUUUUUAUCUUAUCUUUUUGGAAAUGAGCGUAGAAGCAGUGGUCCUCUGCAUUUUGCUGUUCUUUUUUCGUAAGACACGAUUAAUGGUUUUUUUCCGCCUUAGAUUACAGACUGGUAGUUUUACAUAGCUUCUGUCCAUUUGUGAAUUUAUGUAAAGGUUCUAAAGCUAGUAAACCAUAGAGAUAAAAAUGAUUUUUGCUUUGUACCUUGGCUAUAACUGUUUUUUGGAUAUAUUUUAAACCAUCUUGUAUUACUACAAGAUUUCUUCCACGUUUCUGUAUAACAUCAUUUACAUGUAUAACACUGUACAUAUUUUCUUCACCAUCAAUGUCAAAGACACAUAAAUAACUUUCAUCUGGUGUAUAAGUCAUCGGUGGUACAACGCUUCUUUUUGAUGUAGAUGCAGCCAUUAUUAUCUGAAACGACACACGUCAAACAAAAGUUUAUAGCGAAGUGACUGAUUUUUUUAUACAAUGAGAUAUCUUUAUGACUUUAGUGUGACAUAGUCGUUUACUUUUAGCAGUGCAGAGCGUACUUCUUCAUGAUAUAUUGUGAAAAAUUUAUUCUUAAGACAUAGUUACGCAACUAAAGUCUACAUUACUCGGCUUGAUAAAUAUUAAACAUGCAGAAUCUUUUGUUUGAAGAUAUAUAGAAAGAGGUCUAUGUUUACAGGUCUUGAACGCUAUGAUAUAAUAUUACAGUUUAACGCAAGUGGCGAUUGUUAAGUCAAAAGUAAAUAUACCUUUUAUAUGUGGUAUAAAUAGCUCAGUAUCAAAACCCAUAGAACGGCUUUAUAGGAUUGGUUUAGUGCUAAAAAAGAAAAAAAAGUUUGCCAUUGGCCAGCCUUAUGCUGCACUCUUUUUAACUUACGAAAGCAUUCUCUCCGCAGCAUUCUGAAUGACUGCGACAUCUGUGAAGUUCUAACACAGGGAACAACACCGUGUGACUAUGUCAGUGUAGCAGCUGAAAGACGAAGUUCAGUUCAAAAGGACUGUUCGACCAGUUCAGCUCGUUCAAAACGAACUGUUCAAAAAAUUCAGCUCGCGAAAAAGAACUGUUCGACCAGUUCAGUUCGCUGAAUAUAGCGUUUUGAGCAGUUCAUCAGUUCAACGAAACCUGAACUUGGGAAGGUCUAGAAAUUUGCUUGAAAUCGGUGGUGCUUCUCCAGCCGAAUAUGGUCGUCGUAUUCUUGAAGUACUGUUUACGUCAGAUGAAUUAGCAACGCAUUGUAUGCCUCGUGUUCGUCGUCAAAAACCACGAGUUGGUGAUCCAUUGAAUUGGACCAUGAUAAAAUUGAAAUUUUAA